UAGCCUGAUGCGCCUUCACGCGUAGCCUUUUUGUUUAUCUGACUAACAAAUAAAAGGGAGGGGGUGGACUCGUAAAUAGUUAUUAGCCGAGGACUAUAAAAGCCCUUCAGCCUCGGGCUAGCGGGAGAACUGGUCUACUUCAGGAUCAUCAUCGGCAAAGCAGCACCACUCCCUCGUCCGGAUCCUGUGCUGUAGCGGCGGAGCAUGGAGAGCGCAUACAUCCGCUGCUGCCCUUCACUUCAGGGGUUUAGCUCCCGGAGAUGCUCCAAAGGACAACACGGGGCCGGGGAAUUCUGGAGGCCUUGGAUCCCUACCCAAAGAGAUGCAGAGAGACAGCUGAGAAGAAAUCAAAGUGUGCUGUAUAGUCCAUAUGGGAUGACAGAAGCUUCAGGAAAACUUACCCAAUAUACACAUCCAGUUAGACUAUUUUGGCCCAAGUCAAGGUGCUAUGAUUACUUAUAUCGAGAAGCUGAAGCACUUCUGAAAAACUUCCCAGUUCAAGCCACAAUUUCCUUUUAUGAAGACUCAGAUAGUGAAGAUGACAAUGCUGAACUGGAGCAAGAUUCGGGAAUAGAAUCUGAUUGCUAACUAUAUGGAGUGCUAA